AGUAGCUCCAUAUGACAAGUCGUGCCAGUUGCCAGUUACGUAUCAGCGCAACACAGUUUGAAUACCCGCCUAGGCGAGUGGACUCUAGUUCGUCUUAUCCGUGUGUGCGCGUGUACGUGUCUCGUUUGUUUUUGUUUACCGUCCGUUGACGUGCCCUGGGACCAAAGUGACUGUGUUCGUGAGAACUAUGGGAUUACGCGCCGUGCGCAUGUUUUUCGUGGAAGACGGCUAAAACGGUCGCCAGCGAGAUAUUUACAAAGUGCAACAUGUCACAGUGCAAGAAAUUUUCACCAAACAUAUUCCACAAGACCAAGUGUUCCAAUUGCUUCCGUCAGAAGGAGGAACAUUCGGCCGAAGCCUUGGAAUGCAACCGGGUGUUUCACAUUAACGUUACUCGAAGUGCUAAAAGAAAGUGUGCAGAAGUGGAUAUGAGGAUGGCGAGCCUUCAAGCAACGGUUAGAAACCUACGCAACCAUCGCAUUGACCUGCAAAACCGAAGUCCUAUACAUGUAUUUCACCAUAAUGCCUGGCUUCUUCCCAAUAUACACUUUACUCUCGACAGCCGGAAGCCAUUAGAAACACAUACUUCAAAGGUACACGAGAACGAACUACGGAUGGCACCUAUUGCUGGGAGGAUGUACAUUCCCUCAUUAAAUGAAGAUAUCUCUCAAAUGAAUUGAGAGUUUUAUUACUGAGCAAUGUUUUUAUAAACAAUUUUAAUAACUGAUUGCUG